UGUUGCACAAAACAUUGACUGUACGAUGGUAUGAGUGAAGUGAAACAGGUGGAGUAGUUUUUCUGGAGCAGAAGAAGAGAGGGAGAGCAUGCGAAGUGUUUUGUGUGAAGAUGUCAGCCUGAGGAAUUUUUACCAGCAGACCCAGGAUGGGACACACUGAUGUUCCACUCAUGUACAGUUACACGCGAGCCCACGCGGACAAAAGCAGGUCCAGUCAACUGCAAACUUACCCACCGAACACUCAUGACAACCUGAACAUUGCAUUAGGUUCUAUCAGAGUCCUUGGGUUGGAACUGAUUGAGCAUGAACUCAAACCACAUCUGAACACAGUGCUGACCAGUAUAAAGGAAGGGAGGAAAGGCGCCGCUGAGCAGGUAGUGAUCAGUGGGAUUCUGCCGAUUCUGGCCCUGUCUCUGAGGAACAGAGGGCCCCUGACCCUGCUCACUGCAAAACUGGUGGCUGAACUCACGAAGGAAGCUGUGGUUCGUAAAGGGUUCGGCGAUGCAGGUCUGGUUACGGCUCUGCUGUCGAUUCUGACCAGUGCAGACCAAGAACUGCUCUUUCAUGCCGUAAGGGCCAUCUCACGAAUGUCUUACAACAGCUCUAAGCUGCAGGAGCUGUUGCUUCGUCAGGGUGCAGUGCCUCGUCUUGUCGCUAUCCUGCUUCGUUUUCCAGAAAAAGAGGCUCUGGAGGAAGUGUGCCUCCAGGCGCUGUGUAACCUCAGUGGCAUCUCAGUGGCAGAAGAGGCCGGGAUGGUGUGGGAGAGGGGACUCUCUGUGAGGCCAGGCGAGUCCGUGUUUCACGGUGUCUCUCCUCACGCCUGUGGCUUUGCUUCUUCUGUGACUCUUGUGCGCGCGUGUCGAUGGGCGUCUGGUCAGUACGCGGUCAACAUUGAGGUUUUCCAGCGCUGCUCCUCCUCUUUCUGGCUUCUCCAUGGGAACAAGCGCACCUCUCGUUGGUUCCCGUUCUCUGGCGCCAGAGGUUGUUCGAAUCUGUUGAGGUUGAUCAAGUUUCCUGUGAGGAACGUUCCUCGGACAAAAAGUCUGAGAACUCGAAUGUUCCACACUUUGCUCUGACAGAAGGAAUAGGAAAAACACGGGUGUCUAACAGCUGACACACAAAACACUGAUUGGUUUCUGUGACAUGAUUACUGAUCACUAAGAAAUGUUUGCACACAACAACAAACAAAGAGCCUGCAUAAUGUCUUUAUUGGUGUUAUUCUUUUUAAUCACCUGCAGCAAAAUGCGAUUAGUGACAUGUCAUUCCAUGAGGUGAUUAGGGGAUUAGACAGUAGUCACUUAUCUCUAUUUUUUUUUAUUAUGGUUGAUUAGAUCUUUCCUGACAUUUUGGAGUAUAUUUUUACGAUACCAAAUGUGAAUCAUAAAAUAUCUCAACAUUUAAUGUGUGUAUGUGUUUGUGAACAAGGUAAAUAUUGUCAGAUGUCGAGGGUAACUGUAAACACUUCAUAAACAAAAGAUUGUGUUAUUACAAGUUUCUUUUUAAGAGAAAUAAAGACACAAAACGCAACAGA